AUGUCUGUCUGUAAUACUGAAAAAUGUUUUUUGCCUCAAAUUUUUAAUCUUGAACCAAGUUUUACAUAUAACAGCAACAUCAGUACUCAAGAACAUGUAUUGGAAAAUCAACCUCUUCUUCAAUUACUUUAUAAUGAAAAGAAAGGAAAGAAAAUCGAAGUUGAGGAAAGAACCAGAUUAUGGUUUGAAGAACUGGAUCAAUUAACCACAAAAUUCAAUACAUAUAACAAUGAUCAGUUCACUUUGAAUUUUAUAUCUUGCACAAAGAAUUUUUGGAAUAGAAUUGUGGAAGAAACUGAUUUCAUCAACAAAUUUAACUCUAAAAAAAGGCAAUGUGAGGAGGAGCCAGAUUAG